UGUGUAGAAAAAAAGUCUAUUCUAUGCUUUCACUUUUCAUUCUGCUGAUAGGAGGUGCACUUUAGCUUUAUUUUAAUUAACUCCUGCUCAUGUUUUUGAUUUACAGUCUCUGUGCUGGAGAUCACAUGAGCCUGCACACACACACACACGCACCGGCGUGCACGCUCACACUUCACGCACGUAUUACAUGAUGGCCUCCAUCACAGUUGUCCCCAACAGGGCAGACUGGGUGAAUCAGGGUCAAUGCCCUCACGUCGCCAAGACGAGCAGGCAGGUGUGUUAGUCUUACUGCUCAGGUAGCCGGGCCAGUAAUAAGCCUGAACCUUAGACUGGAGUGACAACAGAGCGCCGGAGCCCGCUGGGAGUACUCACGGAGGCCUAACAUGCGCCAGGCAGUCUGAUCCACCGAGGUCUACCUGAGAGUCAGCCCACCUGUCGGACGAGGACGCCGGUAUGUACAACUCACAGUCGGCCAGACACCCGGCUCAGACCCUGUCACUGAACACUCAGUACCUCCCGCCUCCGUAUGACUUCACCGGUUAUCAUCACGUCCCGGGAGUCGGUGACCCGUCGCCGAGUCCCUGGAACCCGGUGUACGCUCCCCGGGACGAGUAUCCGUACAGCUUCCCGGGGUCGAGCCCCAGCGCCGGCCAGCUCAGCUUCUCCUCCGCGGAGCUGAGCGGCACGCCCACUGCCUCCGGAGGAGGGUCGUUCACCCCCUACAACUUCAUCACUGGACAGGACCCCUUCAGCUCCAGGAGGCCACAUGAAUCCAGCAGACCGUCCAUCACAGGAGGAAAGACUCGCACGAAGGACAAGUACAGGGUGGUGUACACUGAUCAACAGCGCCUGGAGCUUGAGAGGGAGUUCCAGCAUAACCGCUACAUCACCAUGAGGAGGAAGACUGAGCUGUCGGUGGAACUGGGCCUCUCUGAAAGACAGGUGAAGAUCUGGUUUCAGAACAGACGUGCCAAAGAGAGGAAGAUAAACAGGAAGAAGCUGCAGCAUUCCCAGCAGGCCUCCACAACGACGCCCACCCCACCUGUGCUGGGUGGACCCGCCGACCCUCCAGUCACCACCAGCCCCAGCAGCAACAUCUUAUCUGACACGAUAUCAGAGGAAUACUAGCUGGAUUUCAUGCAGAAGACUGAUACAGCAUGAAACAUGUACAUAGUGUUUUUUUUCUUUGUGUUUUUUUAUAAGUUUACCACAGAUCGAAUGAAGAUGAUUCAACAUGAUGUUAUUAUGCUGCACCUCCUGCCUUUUCACAAUGACAAGCACGUCACGUCUGAUGCACUGAUCAUCUCACAGGAACUUAAUGUGGUUAUAACAGUAACAGCACAAAGAUACUGAUUAAGGAUGACGAGUCACUUGUCAGGAAUUGUUGGUUGAAGCCAAAACCCUUUUCACAAGUUCUACAUUCUUUACCACAAAAAGAUGUUGAAAUGUGUCUGAGCUGUGUUUGAGAAUCCAGAUGUCCAUGUAUAGUCAAGAAUCUGCUACACGGUUGAGAAAAUACUAAGAGCGUGUCUUCUUGUUUUCUUAUUUGUUAUAACUGCAUGAGGAAAUGCAUCUUAAAGUUGCGUAUAAAUACAAAUGAAAAUGAGUAAUCCCACCUCUGACGAAACAGCUAAAAACAGCUCUGCUUAUUUUGGGGGAAAUACAACUAAUAAAAUGCUAAUUAGUCUGUCCAUCCCAUUUGAAUUCAGAGGAAAUAGAAACCGAGAGAACAGAGCAUGUUGUGUUCGUCACCAGUGAGGAGAGGAUGAAGAAGAAAAAAUUACACAAGAAUGGAAAGUUUAACAGCUUUUUAUUGUUCACUGUGUUGAAUUACUGAAACAGGAUACAUCACAGGAACAGAUCAUUUAAGUAUCAGCAAAUGGCUUUUAUGGGUGAAACGGAGAGAAUGCACAGAAAUGUUAACAAAACAGGAGGUAAAAGCAAUGUGUUUUAAUAUGCAAACAUAUCCGCCGGCAUGUAAGUGUACGCAGUUACACAGAUGAGAAGACACAAAACACUCACUAACAACAGUUUUUCCUUAUUUUUGACUUAAAAUGUGUUUUUAUUCCCUUUUUUCAGCUAUGGCAUCGUGAUAACAGCAAGGAACUGAGAGCAAACCUGUGGAAUAAGUUGUUCAGACAGUGUUUAGCCACAUCCUUAAAAACAGCUGACAUAUGACUCAUUGUGCUGCAGUCAUCGGACCAGCAAGCCCACAAAUCUCAAAUUAAAACAAAAGGACCCACCUCUUUAAUCAUUCAGGGCGUAUGUACUAUAUGUAUGAAAUGUAGAACUGUACAUGAAAGAGCUGUUAACAAAGUUUUGAAAAAUUGUUCCUAUUUGUAGGUCACAGAAGAGGAAGAAAAAGUAGUAAAUGUAGCAAUGUAAAUUUAGCACAGCCCAGAGUCAGCCAAGGAUUUCAAAAUAAACCACUGAACCAUCGA